AGCCCGACACUGUAGUUUCACAUCCACUUGGCUGUGCGCUUCAGAUUGUUAAACUCACUCUCCCAGGCAGGCUGUGUGUGUGAGCGUGUGAGAGACUGAGACUGAGAGCACAACAGACAUUACCACCAACUGGAUCUCCCAUUGUCACGUCCUCUGCAGAACAGGAAGCUCCCCAGGGUAUCGGAGGCGGUUUUCAAGAGUCUGGACGAUGCAAACUUUCGAGAGGGUUAAGCGAUACCUGACCUUUGUCACUGGGCUGUUCGAGUGUAUCUGCUUCGCAGGGGUGAUCUUUGGCUGGGCCUCUCUUGUCUUCGUCCUGAAGAAGGAAGGGUAUUUCUCUGACCUCUGUGCCUCACAGCACAACACCAGCAGCCACAGGGUGAAGAAUUACACCUCGAUCUGCGACCGCCAGGACGAACGCUUUGCCCUCAUCUUCACCAUGGGUUCCUUCAUGAACAACUUCAUAACCCUUCCCUGCGGCUUCGUAUUCGACCACUUCGGUACCAUGGCAACCCGUUUCGUCGGCAUAUUCCUGUACACUUCAGCCACCCUGAUGAUCGCCUUCUCUACUGCAGCUAGUGCAGUACUGUUGUUCCCAGCGAUCUGCUUCCUUGCCGUGGGUGGAAUUCUCUUCCUGCUGACGAACAUGCAGGUCGGAAACUUGUUUGGGAAAAAGCGGUCCACGAUUAUCACGCUGUACAACGGAGCGUUCGAUUCCUCGUCGGCCGUGUUCCUGGUGAUCAAGGUUUUGUACGAGACUGGAAUGUCCCUGAGGAACAUGUUCCUUUUCAUUAGCUGCCUCAGCUCCAUCCACAUCAUGCGGACAUACGUGCUGCUUCCCAGGAGAAAAAUUCCAUACCCUGUGCCAGAGGGGUACACCUAUGGACUGACUUGUGGAAAGUCUGAUAUCUUGGCGCCCACCCCUGAGGAUGAGACUCUGAGCCAGCGGGAGCCUUUGCGAGCAGGAGAAGUAGGAACGGACAACGAGAAGGAUGAGGGGAGUGACAAGACGGAAGGAGACGCAGCCGAGGGGCAGGAAGCGAUUGAAACCAGCGAAGGUGCCGGUCUCCGGUCCAAGAGGCCGGAAGACUCCAAAGAGGAAAAGGAGGAGAUUCCAUCCUUCAAGAGCUGCCUUCUCUCAAAACUCUUCCUGACCCACCUGCUCUGGAUGUCGGUCAUGCAGCUCCGACACUACCUGUACAUCGGCACCCUGAACCCCAUGCUCGAAUUACUGGCCAGAGGUGACACCAGAGUAGUCAGCAAGUACACGAACGCCUUCGCCUUCACCCAGUUUUUUGGUGUUUUCUGUGCUCCCUGGAACGGACUGAUCAUGGACCGACACAAGCACAGAGCCAGCUCGCCAGACCCAGCCUCAGGUUGCACCGCCUCGCACCGGCUGGCCGACCUGAAGUCGGCGAUCCUGUCCCUCACCAUCACCGUCACGCAGUGCCUCCUCUUCUCGAUCUGUGCCGCCAUCCCUGUACUGCCCGUUCAGUACCUCACCUUCGUCCUGCAAGUGGUCAACCGCUCCUUCCUGUACGGAGGACAUGCAGCCUUUACCACCAUCGGGUACCCCUCCUGUCACUUUGGGAAGAUCUACGGCAUGCUGAUGUCUCUCUCCGCAGUGGUCUCUCUGCUCCAGUACGCCUGCUUUGCUCUGGUCAGGGGACCCUUGCAAGAUGACCCGAUGUAUAUGAACAUCGGAUUUGUCGUCCUGGUAGCCCUGACCUACGUCCACCCCCUCAACGUCUACCUACAAUGCCGACAGGAAGCCAGCCAAGGGAAAGGCCCGAAGCCCCCUCAAGUUGAAGUGCCAGCCCUGGGAGAGAAGGACCGCCCAGCAAAGGAGUCGGACAUCUGAGCCGGAUCCUCGUUUUUGGGGUGGAUGUCGGGGGCAGGGUGGGGGCGUGGUGGUGGGUGGUGGGCAGACGUUGGGUUGGGAGCCAGCCUGACCAAUUGCUGGUUCCUAGCGACUUUGUCCUGCUCUGUGGCAUUUGGGCCCGAAGGUGAGGCCAGGGAGUGGUUACCAAGCAGUGUUAGUUCUUCUGAAGCACGUUGACACCUUGUUCCUCUUGUUUUGAACACGAGGGUCACCUGAUGCAAAUCUCUUCUUCCUCUCUCUCAUUCCCUUCUCCUUCAACUCUUUCUGCUCCUCCUCCUCCUCCCGCCUCCCUUAUCCCCCCUCUCCCCUCCCCUCGACUCCCUUAU